UUACGUGAUGGUGGGAGUCUUCAGCGAAUCAUAGCGUUCAUAGGUAGGAUACAUACUAGGUACCAAGGUACCUAACAUAUCCAAAAGUUAUGCAACCCUGCACAUCAGCUGGGUAACCAGUUCGAUCAUUCUCUAGUUUCAAGUGACUGUGUUUUUAAUACCUAACACAUAACACACCGAAACCCGUCCCCGUUGGCUGGCUGGCUGCCUGUCUGCCUUAUCAAGUCAUAUAUCAUCUUAUUAUUUUAUAAGUUAUUUUGUAUCACUCCUCACUCCAUCUCCAAGUCUUAAAGCCUGGAACUCUACCUACCUAAGACCAAUCCAAACCUACGGCUUCCUCGGUAUCAAGUAGAUAGCAAAGUUUCAUUCCACCUAGUUAGGUAUACGGACACCGGAUUCGAUUUAUCAGUAUCAAGUAGGGAUGGAGGCCGCGGCCUCCAUGUGCCUUGGACCUCCAACGGGGUCGGGAGCGGGAGUAGGUUCAACGGCGGUUAUCGCAACGACCGUCGUGACUACUGUUGCGCUUAUCUCUCUUGCUCGACGAACGCUGCGGCCCGAGAAGCGCGCUGUCAUCCCCGGCCCUCUAACUACUACCUUGCCCAAGCUUUCUGACGCUGCCCGCUCUGAAAUUCCUUAUCAACCGGACACCUUCCCGGGCGCUAGGGAUGUAGUCACGCCGUAUGGCAAUAUUCGUGUAUACGAAUUCGGACCCGAAGAUGGCCGCAAAGUAUUAUUCCUCCAUGGAAUCAGCACGUCAUGUAUGACCCUUAAGUCCAUCGCCAUGCCGCUUGCCGAGAAGGGAUGUCGUGUCAUGCUUUUUGAUCUAUUUGGACGAGGCUUCACCGAUGCGCCUGCCGACGUGCCCUACGACACAAGGCUGUUCGUCACUCAGAUACUACUCGUACUAGCAUCUUCCUCGUUGCCGUGGACCGGAGACAACGGCCUGAGUAUCAUAGGGUACUCUCUCGGCGGCGGUAUUGCCGCCAACUUCGCCGCCACCUUCCCCCACAUGGUCGAGUCUCUGGUGCUCCUCGCCCCCUCCGGACUCAUCCGCCCAGAGAACUUCGGGCGCGCGAGCCGCCUCGUAUUCAUGUCGGGCCUCGUCCCCGAGCGUCUCCUCGCGUGGCUCACCAAGCGCCGUCUGCGGCACCCCAUCGCCUCGUCCGUAUCGAAAAAGGUCCGGAAAUCUGUUAGCGACGCAACAGCAGCAGCAGCAGCUCCUCAGACCCCGCUCCACAGCGAAGCCAAGAGGAAGGAGGACUACGUCGACGUCGCCGUGCAAGAAGCCGUCGACCCCGUCGAGGAGGAGGAUGUGGCGGCGGCACCCCCGACGCCAUUCGAGCGCCAGGUCCUCAGCUACGUGCACUGGGCGCUGGACCUGCACCACGGCUUCGUGCAGGCCUUCAUGUCGACGAUCCGCCACGGCCCGCUGAUGGAGCAGCACGCGUACUGGCGGCAGCUAGCGCGCAGAAAGCCCGGGACGACGGCGGUCGUGCUCGCCAGGGACGACAGCCUCAUCCAGAAGGACGACUACGCCGAGGACGCCCUCCCGCUGCUCGGCGGCGGGGACAACGUGUUCUGGCGCGUCGUGCCCGGGUCGCAUAACUUCCCCUUCACGCACGCGGCCGAGGCGUUGGAGCAGAUAUACGAGUUCUGGGGCAUGGAAUGAAAUAGAGCUAGAGAGACAAAGAUAUAGAAAGCGUUGCGUUCAGAGUAGGUAGAGGGUGGUUAGCGUAGAUUACUAGAAUAUCUUCUCCUUUUACCACGGCUAGUUAGGCACCUAGUGUAGUAGUUACGACGAUCAUGACAAGAAACGAGGACGGAGGAUUUUUUUUAAAAAAAUAUAUGGUUAGAGGAUUAUAUUAUUUAGAAGAUCAUAUGCAAUAUAGUUACAAAUUCGAUUACAAUCCAGUUAGGUUUUAAAGAAGCAUGUCGUGAUUUUCCGCUUCCAAAGGAAGGGUUAGGAGGUAGGUAGGAGGUAGGUAGGAGGUAUUUAAGGGGUAACUAAAAGUUGAAAAGGAGAGGCAAAAAAAUUAUUGGAUUCCUGGCUUUC